AUGGGUCGUACGAUGAAUCUCUCGAAGAACAAGAUUAGGGUUCUGGUGGUUGCACUGCUAGUUGUCAUUUUGGCGUUGGCUAAUUCCAUUGUCUCAGCAAAUACUGUGGAAUCGAAAUCACCGUUCAAAAUUAUUCUGGAUGGUGGCUCUACUGGUUCCCGUCUUCACGUAUUUGAAUUUGUCAAGAAGCGGAAUGGAGAGGAGAAAAUCAUUCGACGUGGCUCUAGUAAGGCCAAUGUUCCCAUUUCCUCCUUUGGUUCAAAAGCUAGUCCUUCCGAGGUGGCCGAACACAUGCUGCCACUCUUUGACUUUGCGGCAGGCGUCAUUCCACGAAAGUACCACGCGGCAACGGAAGUCAAAUACGCUGCCACGGCUGGCAUGAGAUUGCUGAAACAGGAGGAACAGGAUGCCGUAUACACUGCCUUGCAUCAAGGAUUGACGGAAUCGGACAAGUUCGUCUUUACAAGCUUUCAGCUGGAGGAUUUGGCAACGCUAGAUGGGGACCUUGAGGGUUUCUUUGGAGCUGUAGCCGCCAACUAUUUGCACGGAAUUGUCGAUACCAAUCUCAGGGUAAAGGAAGAGAUUGAACACGAUGGACCAAUUGGAGCAUUGGACAUGGGGGGUAGCUCGACGCAAAUUGUGUUCCUGCCGGGUGAAGGAAAUAUUCUUGACCAACAAGAAGGAACUUGUGAUCCGGAGGACUGCCUAUGGGACGGCGAUGGUAUUGAACACAUCAACGGUGAUGAUUUCUUUACUACCUCCUAUCUGUCAUAUGGAGUUGAUCAGUUUCGACAACGUUUGUGGAACACGCUGAUUGAUGAGAAACAAAGCUAUUGCAACUCGCCGUACACCGCUAUUUAUGACGGAAUUGACCAACUCAAGAAGCUGCUGUGGAGCAGUUUGGUGAGUGAAAGACUAGACGAAGGCCUUGGUUCGUCCGAUAUCUGUGUAUCAAAGGAAGUACAAAAUCCCUGUGCCAACAAGGGAUUUGUAGCCGAAUUUGAAGGAUUCCACUUGGUGGGAACGGGGGAUACUGAGGAAUGCAUUCGGCAUACUCAACGAUUGAUUCCGCAUCCAGCGAAAGCACACGAUAAUCAUGCCCAAAUUGGAAAUCAAGUUGGGGGAGUGAAGCAUCCGCCCGUUCGUGGAAAAUUCUUGGCCAUGUCACUGUACUAUUUUGCGUUGGACAGUCUUCGAGUAUUCUCCAAGGCCAAUGAUGAAGCGCAUCAAGCGUUGAAUCUAUCAUGGCCCAAUCCGAGUAUCGAAGAGUUGCACAAUGCAUUGGACGGACUUUGUUCGAGAGACUGGCACGAAGAUAUGGCCUCGGAGGUUGGAAGCCAUUCCUUCACUCGAGAAGAAGUGCUUCCACAUCGGUGUUUGGAAGCGGUCUACAUGGUCACUCUGUUGAAGGAUGGAUAUGGUUUUCAUCCAGAAUCGAGAGACAUUACCUUUACCUUUGAUGUUGAUGGAUCUGAAGUCGAAUGGACUUUGGGUAUGGCCUUGUCGAUGAAUGCCGCCAAUUCACAAAUUGAGGCACAAAAAGAAGAACAAGCCUCCAUCAACACAACCUUUGAUGACAGGGACACGGAAUCAUCCAUGCAAGCAUUAUCAUCGUCGAAUGCUGCUAUUAUUGUGACAUCGUCGCCAUCGUUGGGCGACGCUUCAUUAUCACCGUCAACGUAUAUGGAGUAA